AGAUUUUGCACGUUCACUUUUCGUGCCUCAUUUCCAUCGAUCUCUCUUUAUUGCCGUAGCCGCCGCCAAAAAGAACCUCGACUCAGUACACUGUCACCAUUAAAUUUGCGGUUUUCAAUAACUUUGAAUUUUUAGUAUAUCAUUGAUUCAGGUUAAGGUUGAAAGCUAAAAACUAGGCAGAUCUCGAUCUUAUAUGGCUUCUGAGGAUGUGAAGGCGAGCGAAUCAGCGGUGGAGAAAAUUGUGAAUCUCGCUGAAGAGGCGAAGCUAGCGAGACAAGAGAUUAGGCCUACAAGCCAUGCCGUUAUCAGUAUCUGUAAAUCACUCGUCGCCGGAGGUGUCGCCGGUGGCCUGUCCCGAACUGCUGUUGCCCCACUGGAACGGCUAAAGAUAUUGCUCCAGGUUCAAAAUCCACAUAGCAUAAAAUACAAUGGGACCAUUUCAGGCUUAAAAUAUAUCUGGAGAACUGAGGGGUUCAAAGGACUGUUCAAGGGCAAUGGCACCAAUUGUGCACGUAUCGUCCCAAACUCAGCAGUCAAGUUCUUCAGCUAUGAGCAAGCCUCCAAGGGUAUACUAUAUCUUUACCAGCAACAAACUGGCAAUGAGGACGCUCAGCUCACUCCCAUACUACGUCUUGGAGCUGGAGCUUGUGCUGGCAUAAUUGCCAUGUCUGCAACUUACCCAAUGGACAUGGUGCGGGGCAGAAUCACUGUGCAGACAGAGAAGUCUCCUUAUCAGUACAGAGGAAUGGUCCAUGCCCUAUCCACCAUACUUCGUGAGGAAGGUCCACGUGCUUUGUAUAAAGGAUGGCUUCCUUCCGUGAUAGGAGUCAUUCCAUAUGUGGGACUUAACUUUGCAGUCUAUGAAUCACUAAAAGACUGGUUGGUCAAAACAAAACCACUUGGUCUCGUUGAUGAUUCUGCUGAGCUUGGUGUUGUAACAAGGCUGGCAUGUGGGGCUGUGGCAGGGACUGUGGGGCAAACUGUUGCUUACCCUCUUGACGUUGUACGCAGAAGGAUGCAGAUGGUGGGUUGGAAAGAUGCUUCAUCCAUCCUUACUGGUGAUGGGAGGAGCAAGGCUCCCCUUGAAUAUUCUGGCAUGAUUGAUACUUUCAGGAAAACUGUUAAGUAUGAGGGCUUCAGGGCCUUGUAUAAGGGUUUGGUGCCCAAUUCAGUGAAGGUUGUCCCUUCAAUAGCUAUUGCUUUUGUGACAUAUGAGCAAGUGAAGGAACUAUUGGGAGUUGAGAUCAGGAUAUCUGACUGAUGAAGACAAGCUCCAAUUUGUUCCCUGCAUAUGAUAAUUUUGUAGGCAAGGAUAGAUAGAGUGAUUAAUAAUGUGGCAGGUUACACCAUUUAAACAGAGCAUUAAUGCUUCUGUUCUAGCUUGUGGCGGAAAAUUUAGGAUCUUCUAGUUGUGUUGAUAAUUCCCCUUAGGUUAUCUGCUUGUUGCUUAUCUGAUGUUUGUUGCCAAUAAGCAAAUUAUCAAGAAUAGUGUAAUGAAUAAUUUGAAUACCUUGCUAUAGUGAGUGAAUGAAAGCUCAUCGCUGGUGCCUUUUGUUAA